CAAAGAUGGGAAAUAAAAGCGACAAAGGUCAAUCUUCCGUGGAAGAGGAUGAUUUUGUUACCGUAAAAUCUUACAAAGGGGAAACAAAACACGGGAAGCGGCAUGGUCGAGGUGUGUAUUUAUACCCAAAUGGCGAUAUGUACGACGGGGGAUGGCGAAAAUCAAAGAAGUAUGGGAAAGGAGUUUACGUUUAUGCCGACGGCAAAAGAAAAGAAGGCUACUUCUACCAUGAUGAAUAUAUUGGUAAAGAACCAAAUGAGAAAAUCAAAAGGCGGAUGACUAAAAAGAAAAAUGCUGAUCAGGUGGACAAUAAGCAUGAGGAAACUAAGCAAAAUGAUGGAGUAAGUAACGGGAAGUUAGAUGAGACGGAUGAAACGACAGAAUCGGAAGUGAAAUUAAAGACAGAGGGUGGACGGGAGAGACGGAUUCAAAGCUUGAGAAGAAACAAAUGGCUUCGAGAUAAAUACGACAUCGACGUAAACACAGAGGCUCUUGAUUUGGCGAAGCCCAAAAACAGGAAAAAUAAAAAUAUUGAGGAACAAGACGGUGCCGGUAAUUCAAAAAGAUCUUUUAGUUUUGGCAGUAAAAAACAGAAAAACGAAGAUCUAAAGUCUUUUGACGAGGCUACUGAAAGGCGAAAUAGUAAAAGAUUACGAGAGUCCAUCCGAAAAAAAUACAAUUUACCAACGCCUGAUAACUCCAGGAUUGUAGACUCGACGAGAAGAAAAUAAAUUUUGAAUUGUUUUAAAUUGUAGAGGAAUAUGAAUGAAUAAAUGGAUGCAUAUAGUAUUUAAAGAGGAUACUAACUUCACAAUUACGUCAAUUAGUGGUUUAGAAAAGGUUGGCAUCGCCGUUGAGUGUAUUGGCUGGUAUUGGUUGCAACCAUUCAUUUGUAAAUUGGUAACUAAUUAUGUCUAUUGUUGGUAUCAGGCUCUUGCAUGGUGCAUGUUAUGCAUAGCUAUAGCAUUCUUUCUGAUUCAACAGAUUAUAGCAUAAAUCCUUGCAACUUUAAAAGUAAUCUGAAAUCACAGGCGAAAUUGAAAGCCGAACACAGUUGUUUGGUCUUAGGCUUAGCUACUAAUGUUUUAAUUUGCCGCCUAAAAAUAAAAUGUCGGAAGGCAAAAGUAUAUGUUACUUGCAACUUGCAAGAGCUAGAUAUUGCAUUCCAUUGGCUUCCCUUUCGUUCCAAUUUAAUACGCUGGCACAACUUGCACUACAGUUAAUAAUAGAACUAUUAACUGUGGUUGCGAUAAAUGCGUCGCUAUGACAAUGUUUAAACCCUGCUGCACACGAGGGCUAUACCAGCUGAGCUAAAGGAUCUUCAG